AUGUUUGAAGAACAUCCAAGAAGUGACCAGCAUCAUGCACUUACGGAGCAUUUCUUCAGAGGGCCUCUUGCUGCACACAUUGAUGCUUUCAUCGCCGGGCGUCUGGCCAGAUCGGACUCCCAGGAGUUGUUGCGUGAAGCCGCUGCAUGUGCUUUUGUGUCUUGUGUUGAGCGAAGCAUCGAAGCUCGGCACGCGCUUUUGAAGUCGAAGACCGAACUGAUGAAACGCAUAUCGCCUGCCUCCUUCUCGCUGGCGAUUAGAUCACAUGAGUUCCAUAGGCGAUGCCUCAACAAUGCAGAGAUGCUUUCUGAGUGGCAGCACCACGUCCUCAGAUUGAAAAGAUGUUCCAAGCAUGGGUAUCCUUAUGUAGUCGACAUGCUCGGGUUUGCCAGCCACCCGGAAAUCCAGCGCUCGCGGAGCAUGUUUCAGAGGAUCAGACUGCGCGACGCGGCCAAUGUCAUAUAUCAUUGUGAUUUGGAGACACAGUACGAUCGACAGGCUGCAGCAGGCUCAACAAUGCGGCAGCCUGGCUAUAGGGACAACCCUGAUAGUGCUGCUAAGCUUCGGAAGCUGGUUUCCAGCCAAUCCACUGAUGAGGGCAAGCAGAGUGCCAUGUUGCGGGUGGUCAUGCACGAACAUUUCUGUCACAAAUGCCAGGAGGGGGAAAUCUAUUCCCUCACAGGCCAAGUGCCGCCAGCUAGAUUGCUACAGGAUGCUCUUGUGCCCAAGCCGAAGCGCCGUGCUCCGGAAUCGCUGCAGGAAGUUGUGCAUCCGCAGGCAGAUGUGCUGAUGUUUCAAGAACCUGACCCGGCAGAGGACCCUUCGACAACAGCUGCAGUGCCUGAGCCUUCGCAGUCGUUGGAGAUCGAUCCCGUUCCAUCUGAUGCCACCCCUGUUCUUUUUGUCCAGGUCGUCAAGACAAAUCUGGCCAAGCAGAAGCGGGUGAAAUAUGCCGAUGCCUUCACCCGCCAGCUUGGCCAUUUGGAUGUGGCUGUCUGUGUGCAUCCGGCAUCUUCGGCAAGUGGGGGCGACAACAUUCUCCGAUCUGCGUCAGUAGAAUUGAUGCCGCAGAGGAAUGCAGUCGGUCGUGUGCACGUUCAGCUUUUUGAUGCUCCGCAGGUUAAGACGAUACCUGAGGCGAUGGAAGCUGUGACGGUGUGGUCACGAUCAGCAGUUCAGACUGAAUAUGCGCAAUUGUUUCUGCCAGGAUUUUCGGAUCACCUCCGUCCGGUAGCAGGUGCCUUGCCAUCAGAGAUGGCUCGUGCAGGUGCGAUAAAGGACGGUCCGCGGGAAACUGCGUACCAUAUCUCGCAUGAUUUUGACAACAUGUUGGUCUGA